AGCUGCACCUUCAAUCUGCGCACACGUGAUGGGAGUAAAUACGUGCGCGGCCAUCGCUGUGUUUUGUAGAUCGGUGACGGCGGGAGCGCUCGUUUCUCGCGUACGCGGACCGAGCCCCGGUGUGUGUGUGUGUGUUUCUGAUGGCAGAAGUCGGCGCGCGGACUGACAGCUCGGAGGGCUUCGGGAUGUCUCGUCUCUCUGGUGGAACAGUCCGCUCGAACACGACCGACCGUCCGGACAGCCGGCUGAGCGGCACCGACUCGCGGUCCCGAGGGCGUGUUUAGUUCUCUCGCACAAAUUGGGUGCGUCGCUGACCUGGACGGUCCUUCUUUACUCGGGUGUCCCCGCACGCCCAUGCGACGAUGUCCAUUGCUGUCGGUGUGCAGGUUUUAGGUUCCAGCUCACGCUGAUUGUUUACGUACGUAAACAGGACAGGACGGGAGACGUCAACCGGGACUGGAUGAAACAACACCGCCUCUUUAGAAAAUAACUGUUUCUAUUCAUAUUAUUACUUUCGUUACUAUCGAUAUUGUCACGGUGCAUUGUUAUUGCGAUGGUCGGGUCGGUCUAUCUGGGCAGCAUGGAGCCUUCCUCGUCUACUGCAGGUUAGUGCUGAAAUGCCACCAUGCAAACCUUCGUUGAUAACAUUUCGCACCUUCAUGUUCUCCAUCUUUCCUAAAGAAGUCGUGGACAUUUAAAAAACCUUCGCUACGAGACUAUCGAUCGGUGAUCCGACACUGCCGUGCGUGCUCUUGGAGGGGGGGGGGGGGGCAACAGGAUAUAUAAAUGCUGGCGUCCGAUUACCAUCUCCAGGUGAAGAACAGUUUCCUCUUUCACCCGAGGACUCGUGCCUCCAAUGUAGCCCGGCCGGCCCGACUGAGCCAGGCCGCUGCGCGGAGACGGAGGCCGGGUUCGUUGCGCUCCCGCUCGGCUGGAUGCUGAACAUGGUGCCGCUUUACAGCUCUGCGUUGAACACACGCCCGCCGGCGUGUUUCUGUAAUUUCCCAGCUGUCUUAAAAAGAAAUAAUGGACGGGCUUUUUUUUGCGUAAAGGCUAUUCGUGGACGUUGAACCGGCUCAUGCGCGCAGGAUUCAGCCUGGACCGGCUCCCCGGGAUGUAGGGCGAGUGUACACGCGGAUAUUCCUCCCUGUGAUCACGGAGAUGGCUGGCGGGGGAAGCGCAUCUACUCUGGGAUGCUUGAGAAAUAACCAGGACUUGCUUGAUCAGAGGUUGUCACUUAGCUCGAUCACACGCUGCUGUCUUUGUUGGCAGCAUUAAUUGCUCAUAUUCCAGAGUAAUAUUAAUCACUCUGUGGCCCUCAGAGUCAAGACACCACUCCUCAAUGGGCUCAUAUUAACUUACGAGGUUUUGUCUUUAAAGGGACAGCAUUGUGUUUGGGCACCAAUUAUAGGACAUUAUUAUUAAGUAUGUAACUGUGUUAUUGACUCAUAAAGGCAGCACUUCACCCACUCAUCAGGAAUCCGACAGGAAGCAUCUUUCUAAAGAAUUUAAUUGGACCUGCUGUUUUCUGAGAUAAACAAAUACUCACUUCUCCUGCGAGAGUCUGUGGCAGCUCUACCAAAAAACCCAGUAGAGGAAACAAUCAAUAAGUUUUGGGCAGGUCACACUCAUAGAGUGUCAUUGUUUGACCUGAUGCACAUCAUCCCCGAGUGAACUCGCCUUUGGGAAUACAUGUUACUUACCCGCUGCCUAGCAACAGCUCAGCAGCAACCGGGGACAGGAUUUGGCACAGUUUCAACAGUGAGAUGUGGUGAUGGGGGAGAGCAGUUGCAGCUCUCUGAUCCUCUGAUCCCCUCUCCCCCCUCCCCACUGCUGGUGGAGGACGUCUCGUCUCUGUCAAUGGGACAUGUAUGGAUUUUGUGCUUGAGUUGACCGGGGGCAGGCCUACAGCGUCAAACAGCAGUCAGGCUGCCAUGAACCCAUACGGCAGAGCGAGCGGCGUGGCGGCCCCCCUGUCCUGUGCCAGCUGUGGGGGCUGCUGCUCACCGCCUCCUCCUCUCCUAAUCCCGCCCGGGCCCCCCUCAUCUACUACCUCCUCCAUGCCCCUGAAUAUGACCCCGCCGCCGCCGAUGUGCUCUGCCCCGGGAGGGCAGGCAGAGAACGGCAGCAGCUGGAACUCUUCCGCCAUCUCCGCCUCCCCGGACUCCCACCCUGGUCACCGCUGUGGCGCCAACAACCCCAACCCCUACUGGACGGCAGUGUUCGACUACGAGGCCACGGCAGACGAGGAGUUAACCCUGCGGCGCGGGGAUCUCCUUGAGGUUCUCUCCAAAGACUCUAAAGUCUCUGGGGACGAGGGUUGGUGGACGGGCAAGAUCCAGGACAAGGUGGGGAUCUUCCCAUGUAACUACGUCACCAGGGGGGAUGCCACCAACUACCGGAAGCUGACCGUAGGAGGGCUGGUUCCGGGCGGGGUCGGCGAUUGCCCGUUGGAAAUAGACUUCUCCGAACUGCUCCUGGAUGAGGUGAUUGGAGCCGGUGGGUUCGGGAAGGUGUACAAAGGAGUGUGGCGGAGAGAGGAAGUAGCAGUAAAGGCCGCCAGGCAAGACCCCGAUGAGGAUAUUAGCGCCACAGCAGAGAGCGUGCGCCAGGAGGCCAGGCUCUUCUGGAUGCUCCGGCACACCAACAUAAUCUCUCUGCAUGGAGUCUGCCUGCAAGAACCCAACCUGUGCCUGGUAAUGGAGUACGCCAGAGGGGGGGCUCUGAACCGAGCGCUCGCUGGCAAGAAGGUGCCCCCGAGGGUUCUGGUGAACUGGGCGGUCCAGGUGGCCACGGGGAUGGACUACCUGCACAACCAGGCCUUCGUACCUAUCAUCCACAGAGACCUCAAGUCCAGCAAUAUCCUCAUCCUGGAGCCGGUGGAGCGGGAGGACCUGGGAGGCAGAACGCUGAAGAUCACGGACUUCGGUCUGGCCAGAGAGUGGCACCAGACCACCAAGAUGAGCGCGGCGGGGACUUACGCCUGGAUGGCCCCCGAGGUCAUCAAGGUCUCGCUCUUCUCCAAGAGCAGCGACGUGUGGAGCUUCGGGGUGCUGCUGUGGGAGCUGCUGACCGGCGAGGUUCCCUACCGGGAGAUAGACGCGCUGGCGGUCGCUUACGGUGUCGCCAUGAACAAGCUCACGCUUCCCAUCCCGUCCACGUGCCCCGAGCCUUUCGCUCAGCUGCUGGGAGAGUGCUGGAGCCCAAACCCCCGCAGCCGGCCCUCCUUCACCAACAUCCUGAAACGACUGCAGGCCAUCGAGCAGUCGGCCAUGUUUCAGAUGCCUCUGGAGUCUUUUCACUCCUUACAGGAAGACUGGAGGCUUGAGAUCCAGCAGAUGUUUGACGAGCUCAGGGCCAAAGAGAAGGAGCUGAGGUCCUGGGAGGAGGCGUUGGCUCGAGCGGCUGAGGAGCAGAGGGAGCAGGAGGAGCAGCUUAAGAGGAGGGAGCAGGAGCUGGCAGAGAGGGAGAUUGACAUCGUGGAGCGAGAGCUGAACAUCAUCAUCCAUCAGAUGUACCAGGAGAAACCCAGCGUGAAGAAGCGAAAAGGACACUUCAAGAAGAGCAGAUUACUGAAACUGGGCAGAGACGGCAACUGCAUCAGUCUGCCCUCUGGGUUUGAGCAUAAAAUCACAGUUCAGGCGUCUCCCAGUGUGGACAAGAGGAAGACUCAGGGCAGCGAGAGCACCACCCCGCCUGCCAGCCCGGGGGUCAUCCCCCGACUCAGGGCCAUAAGACUGACGCCCAGCGACGGCAGUAAGACGUGGGGACGCAGUGCUGUGUGCAAGAAGGAGGAGCUGUCCACCAGCAAGAAGAAAGGACGCACCUGGGGGCCGAGCUCGACCAUCCAGAAGGAGAGGGUCGGCGGGGAGGAAAAAUUGAAGUCGUUGGGUGAAGGAUGCAAAGUCUGGUCGUCCAGUGCACCAAAUCUGGGAAAGUCCCCUAAACACGCACCCAUGACUGCCGGCUUCUCCAGCCUCAAUGAGAUGGAGGAGUGCCCCGAGUUUGAGGAGUCACCCGGGUCCCUGCAGCCCUCAGAGACCAGCAGCAACGGGGCCGCCGAGGACUCUGGGUCCCUGUGGGGCAACCUGGGGCCAAACCCGGUGCCUAAUGUUGGCAAUGCGAGCAACCAGGACUCGCUGCGUCGCUGCAGCCAGAGGAAGAAGAGCGAUAUGCUUCUGAUGGGUUGUGCCUCUCUGCUCGCGUCGGUCGCCCUCGGACAAGACCUGCUGCAGCUGGGAAAACUCCAGGUUCUCCAGGAUGAGCAGGACCUCAGAGAGGAGCAGCGUAAGAAGAAGGAAGGUCUCUUCCAGCGGACAGGACGUUUCCGUCGCAGCACCUCUCCACCCAGCCGAAACCUCUCCCUCUCCCUCUCCAGACAUCACGACUCUACGCUCCCCUGUCUGGACCCGUCUCCCUCUGUGACCCUCCUCUCUUUGUCCUCGCUGUCUGAUUGCAACUCCACCAAGUCCCUCCUUCCCUCCGACCCGGACGACUACCCCCUGACCCCCGUGACGGGGCUCAAAACGCCGGCGGCGCCCCCGGCUCCCGCCCUCAACCCGCUCUUGGACCUGCGGGCGGAGAGCUUUAAGAAGGAGCCCAACCAGUCGCUUACGCCCACGCACGUGUCUGCAGCCAUGGCCCUGAACAGAGGACACAGACGGACCCCUUCGGAGGGGGCGAUACGACCCCGGGCUCAAACUAUGGGUCACCACAGGACGCCGUCGGAUGGGAGCAUGCCCAUGCCACCUCCACCGGGGGCUCCACGCAUGCAUGCUAACAAAGGUACACAGGACACCCUGGACAUCCCCCGCCUGCCCGACCCCUCCAUCAUCUUCCCGGUCCCCCACAGGCGUAAAGGCCCCGCUCCGCCGAUCCCUGACAAGGUUCCUUUCUGCCUCAUCAGCCCUCUCGAGAGACCCAAGACGCUGGAGUUUGCCCCCCGGCCUCGGCCCACUCCGGCCAAGAUGAGAGCCGACCCCCGGAAGCUGGGCUCCAUCUCCCGGACCCUCAGCUCGUCGCCGGGCAGCAGCUGUGACAGCCCCCUCGGCUCAGGGGACAGCGGCGCCGGCACCGCGCGACCAAACCUUAUGGACAUGGACGUGGAGGGCCAGAGUUCGGACCAGACCGUCCCCCUGUGUGGACAGCGGAAGCUCGCCGCUCUGUUAAGACAGCAGUACUCUUAGUGAAAAACAGCCAUGUCCACUUAUAUGCAUUCAACUUUCUUCCAGGACUUCUGUCUGAGCCAAAACUGGACUCACUGAAGUUUGCAAAAACAUCCCACCACACGUCACGUUUUUUGCACUUACUGGAAGCCAGUCCUCUGAUGUGUCCCUUUAGUGUCCUAAUAAGGUGGGAAACCCUCACAGCAAGCCUUUCCCCGAUAGUGCUCUCUGACCUGCGCGGCACGGAGGGUCCUAGAGGCCUUUUAAAAGCCUUGUAGUGUGCUCAGCCACCUACCUUACCCAACACUUCUGUCCCCUCCUUGGACGCCAUCUCUCCCUGCUUCUCAGUGCCCCGUGACAAAGGACACGCUUCGCGACCUUCAAAAGCCAUUCAAUUACUUAAAAAGACACUUCGCUGUCUUUUCAUCCCCGACUCGUCUGCGUGUGCUUUUGCGCGUCUGUGUCGCCGGCCCGCUUUCUGCUUCUGCUCUCACUCCAAAGAAAAAAUUAAUCUUCAUUCACAUUUCACCUGAAACCUUUUAGGAAAACACUGGACUGGUUUAGAAUUCUUAGUAGAGAGUGUCUUUGUUCUUAUUUUGCGCGCCAACUGUUCUGCCGGAGCACAAACAUUUCCCAUAAACUCUGCCUUCAUCCUCACGUGGGACAUCUCUCUGCAUGGGGGUCAUUGUCUUCUCCCGUCAAAGAAGAGACAGGAAAAAGCCUUUUAUCUCACUGCCCUGAUGGACCGGUUUCAUCCUCGUCUUCACAGUGCAGGCACCAUCCCAAACAUCCUGUUCACAUAAUGUUUUCUAUUGGUUUGGCAGACCAGGCGUGUUUCUCUCUGUGUGAAUGUGUAUAUACAAUACUGUACAUGUGGAUGAAAAAAAUGGGAUCAUCUCUUUGCGUGCUGGUGCUUCUUCAGUGCAUGUUUUGUUUUUUUUGUGCGUGAACGGUUCGCUGAAGGACGUGUGCAGCGCUUCUCCAAAAUAACGUCUCAUCCGUUUGUCUUUUGCACGUUUUACAUUCCACACUCGCAGUCAGUAGCACCAUAAUGACCAGGACAACGCUCCCCGAUUUCAACAUCCAUCUCAUGUUGAGCCGUUGCUUCAUAUUCUCCUGUGGCCAGUUGUCUCCAACAUCAGUGGCGCACUGGGAGCUGUGUUGGGCAUUUGGUCAGCCUCUCUGUGGACCAGUGGACUGACAAAUCGACUUUUAUCCUCGCACAACGGUCGAAAAGUUGGUCUCGGCUGCAGGUUGUAUUUUACUUGAGUGUGUAUGUGUGUGUGUGUGUGUGUGUGUGUGAGAGUGAAUAUGCGUGUUUGUGUUAAUAUUUGUAUGGGACGAUGACAAUCCCGUCAGAGUGAGCCCAAACUCAUUCUCCUCGUGUGGUUAGGAACACUGAGUAUUUAUUAAAUUUAUUGUUAUUAUUGGAAAAGAUUCAUUGACAUUUCGAUUCUCUUCCUGGGAUAUCUGUAUAUAUUUGUUAAUACAUCGGGAAACAACAAGAACCUGCUUACAGAAACGUCCAUGUUGUCGUCUUGUGACAUUACUGGUUUCAAUGAGGAAUAACUGAAACGUGAUGAAUGACAGACGAAUAAAACAACUAAGAAAUACG